GAUAGCAAAGCCAUACUGCGAGGAGCUGUCUGUCCUCGGGCUGGCCCAGACGCUUCACUCUUCUAUCAUAAUUCCAGGUCUGAUAUCAGACCACACAGACUUCCCACGGUCCCACUCCGAUACACAUCUCUCCCGACCGCCGACACAAUGCCGACACCCACCAACAAGACAAAUUUCAAGACCUAUGAGGCUAGCACCCGCCUCCUUGCUGCCGUGGUAGCUUCCACCAUGGGCAAGGUCAAACUCGACUUCAAGGAGCUCGCGGCCCUGAUGGGCGGAGGCACCACCUCGUCCGCAGUGGACCACCGUCUACGUCCCAUCAAGCAGCUGGCGAAGAUGCAGCUCGCCUGCCGGAAGGAGGGCAAGGACCCGGGCCAGUUGCCUGUCGACACAACAGAGAUCCAGCGUCUCUUUGGCGAAUCCACCCCUGGCGGCAUCGAGUGGCAGUUCCGCGAGAUCAAGGCGCUGGGCAGCGCGCAGAAGGCGGCCGUGGCGAACGGCGAGGACCCGGCCAAGCUUAAGGUGCCUGGAGCCGGUGGAACGCCCGCCCGUACUGGUCGAGUCGCGACCACGCCCGGAUCUCGCACCGGCAAGAGGGGCCGGGGUGGCGGUCCGAGCUCGUCCGCCGCCUCCACUCCCAGCGCCCGCGCGGCCGCUGCCUCUGCCAUCGCCAGCAGCAAGCGCAAGCAGAUGAUGGCCGCUACCUCGUCGGGGAGCGAGGUCGGCGACGACUCCGACUACGACAAUAAGGACCUCGUGCAGACGAGCCUCGAGGACGAGGACGAGGACGACGGCCAAGAGCAGGAGCAGACGCCGACGCAGCUGCGCGCUACGAAGCGCGCCCGCACGCUGAGCACGAGCGCCGCCGAGUCGCCUAGCCCGCACACCCCCGUUACCUCCAAGAGCACCAGCACCACCGCUGCCGGCGGCACUGUUCUCGCGCGCUCGCUAUUCGCGAGCGCCAACCGCGGCAACGGCGGAAGCAAGAAGUCGGGUCCGACCCCGGCCCCGACCAAGCGCCCCAAUGUCUACGUCAUCGACGAUGACGACGACGACCAUGAGGAGCACAAGCUUCCUGUGACUCACGGCUUCUCUAACCAGCAGGCGGUGGGAAGUGUGAACCCAAAGUCCCCCCAGCGCUCCCAAAACUCGCCGGUGUUUGGCGAGUAUACGAACCCGUUCCCUGGGGACUCGACCGUUCCGGACCCCUUCAUCGGUUACAGCGAGGACGACACUAUGGAUGAGGCCCUCGUCGAUGGAGAGAUUUGAGAUCCUCCCCUCUCCAUUCCUCUGGACAAGGACGAUGGCGGGUAAUUCAUGAGAUGAGCCCGGCCCUGGCCGGGAGGUUUCCUACUUACAGGUCAAGGAGGGACUCGAUGGCGUUGGGGGUUGCUGUGUUUUCAUUCUCGUCUUGCAUUGCGAUUCCCAUCACGAUAUGUUGUUUCUUUCUGCUAUUCUCCGAGGUGGCCUCACGCGACAGGCGUUAUGGAAAAUCGACACCA